AUGCUUUUAUAUUUGUUCCUGACGUUUCUCGCCGUGAACAAUGUUUUCUCAGCUCCAGCUGGAGAGCUCGAGGCGCCUUCUAAUGUUGCCAACAGGUCAACUAUCAGCAUUAAUAAAGAAAUUGAAAAAAAUUUGUUACAAUUCGACGUUGAAUGAUAUUUAUCGUUCAAAAUGGCUGAGUAAAACAUGAAAUAUUAUAUUUUUUUAGCAAACAUUGAUUGAAAAUCAUGCAGAAAAUUUUCUCUUCUUUGCGAAAUUCAGUUUUAUGAAAGGUUUAUGACCUAGAACCAGGCUUGUGCGACAGGCCGAGCGGCCCGGCCCGGGCUUUGGGCUUCAUUUUCAGGAAAAAGCCCGCGUGGGCUCGUGCCGGGCUGGGCUUCAAAAAAAAAAUUUAAAAUUUCAUUUAAAAAAUUUUCACCGAAAUGUGACUUUUACUUCUGAAAUCAUAGUUUUUGUUAAACUUUGAGAGAAAAAAUGAGCAAAAACGUAAUUUUCGUCGUGAAAAAAACUCGAUAUCCGACUAGAAAAAAAUUGCGCGAUUCGGGCCGGGCGGGCCAUUUUUUCUUGAGGCCCGCUAAGGCCGGGCCGGGCCGGGCUUACGAAAUGGUCGGGGGGCCGGGAGGAUGACGGGCCGGCCCUCGCACAAGCCUGCCUAGAACUACGAACCUGUUGUUGAAAACAUACAACUUUUUAUAAUUGAGCCCACUACAUUGUACAGUCCAUAAAACUUGAUUUUUGUACAUUGUACAGUCCAUAAAACUUGAUUUUGAAUUUUGAAUUUUUUUCCACCAUCUGGAACUGGAUAACUCAGCUAUUAAUAAUCUUCAACCCAAGUAGGUUUUCAGGUCAAUCGCUAUCAAAGGAACUCUCUAUUGUGGCAAAAAACCCUUCGAGGGUGCUAAAAUCCGUUUGUUCCGCGUUUAUCAGAAGAACAAAGUCGACGGUAGUUUUUUGCGACUCAACUCAUAGAAAACUGAGUUUUUGCAGACUUGGCACAUCUUCUCGAUGCCAAGCAAACCUAUAUAACUGGGAUGUUCCAAGUCGAAGGAAAUACUGCUCGGUUAGACUGUUAACAAUUGUACUGUUGAAAAUAUUUUUUUUUUUACAGAUUUCCUAAAAACUCAGUCCGAACUUGAUCCUUUCGUGACAAUUCACCACACCUGCGGUAUAGACGAGAAAGUCGCUGCUAACGUGAGAUUUUAUUCGAUUUCAGAUCUUAAGAAUUUCAUUCUGCAACUAAACGGAUCUUUUAGGUAACUGAAGAAAACCAAAAAAAAGUUUUAUGAUCCAUUUCCUCACUUCUGGUUCCAUUUCACCUGAAAAUUGUGAAUAAAAAAUUUCAGAAGGGUUAUUUGCGUUGGUCGGUCCAUCUUCCUGCAGACUAUGUCACUGUGGGAACAAAGGCAAGAAAAGUAAGUAUGGAAUCAGCUUUAAAAAAUUUUUAAAAACAUGCCUUUCCAAUAGGAGCUGCUUUUCUGAUCGUUUGAAAAAUGAUUAAAAAUCUUCUGCAUACUCCUGAAAGUUUGAGACCCCGAGAACAACUCCAAACCAAAACACAACUCACAUGGGCGUCAAUAUUUUCGACAAGGCGCCUAUUGUUUCCAUAUGAAUGGAUUCAUGUUUUUUUUUUGUUCACAACCACCUCCGUCAAUGCUUCAAAAAAUUAGUUUCACGCUUCUGCUUUUUGAAAAGUUAUAGGAAGUGUAGAAAGAAAACUGAAACAAAAUUUUUGAAAUUGCAGGUGUACGACUUUGGGCGCAUCAACUUGGAGCUGCAGUUCCCCGGAGAAGCGCACGACAAAAAAUUCAACAUCGCUGAAUGA